CCCUCAUGGAAUAUGCCAUUAUCCAUAUCCAUUUUUCCCCAUGUCGUCUCUUCAACCAAACUCAACUAUAUAUAGUUUCUCUACCACCUGCCUCUCAAAACCAAACGGUCAAAAGAUGUCACUCCUCUUUAAAUCAAUACACAAAGAAGGGGACUUCGCAUCAUCUCCGAACCAAGAACACAGAGACCAUGUCCCUCCCAAAACAUCUCCAUGUCCAUCUCUACCCAAUCCUCAUCUUCACCAUCCUCUUGAUCUUCUCAACCCCACCAUCGCAUUCCUCCUCUGCCGCCAAUGACAACUCGCUGUCCGCCUAUGAAGUCCUCGAGGAGUACGACUUCCCGAUCGGCCUCCUCCCCAACGGCGUCCUCGGCUACGAGCUGGACAACUCGACCGGCGAGUUCACCGCGUACCUGAACGGGUCGUGCACCUUCUCAAUCGACUCCUACGAGCUCAAGUACAGCUCGUCGAUCACCGGGAUCAUAUCCACGGACAAGCUCUCGAGCCUGAGCGGGAUCAAGGUGAAGGUGUGGUUCUUCUGGCUCAGCAUAGUCAAGGUGGUCCGCGACAGCGACGAGCUGGAGUUCUCUGUCGGGAUAGCGUCCGCGGACUUCGCGGUGAGCAACUUCGACGAGUGCCCGACCUGCGGGUGCGGAUUCGACUGCGAUAGCGUGGAGAAGAAGAGGAAGUUCAGGAUCAAGAACCCCUUUUGGGCGUCUUCCUAAUCAAGAGAGACGUGUUUCAAGAUCUUAUGGAUUAAUCGAAAUGUGGGAAAUGGCGGUGUGAGCAAAGUAAUCUCUUGAUCGAACUAUUUUACUUUCUUCUGUCUCCUAGUUUUGGGAAUUGGGUGCAUUUCGGUAGUGUUCAUGGAUUUGUCAUAAUGUCAAACGGGCAAAGAUGUUGGUGUCU